UCUGAACUUCACACGAAUAAUAUGGACACCAGGUUAGCACCCUAUCAGUGAAAGUUGAUCUAGAUAAAAGGAGAUUGUUCGUCGUUCUUUUAAAAGAAUGAUACCACAGAUGUCUCUCCAUUUUCUACUUAUUUCCAUUUCAUACCUGAGGCACUUCAAAGGUUCAAUUUUUGAACACAACUGACAAUUUUCUGACAUAUUUUAAACGAGCAAACACUGAUGAAGAAUUCUCAGUGUGUAUAAAUAUCAUUAUUGAAGUAUGAGGUGUAAUUGAUCGUGGCUGGAUGUGGGCUGUUUAGACGACAUAUUACUCGUUGCAAUCUUAGAUAACCUACAACAAAUUUCAGAAGAGUUGGAACACAGACGAAAACAAUUGAAGAACUGCUAUGCUCUCCUCUUUGUUGGUUGGGCUUCAACCAGAAUCAGUUUCAUACCUGAGGCAUCCCACAGCUGCAAAUUUCUGACGCAUUUUAAAUGAUUAAACGCGAGGGAGGAAGUCUUUAUGAAAGGUUUCAGUUAUCAUAGUUCGGCGUGUCCUGUUUAGACGAAAUAUUUCUCGUUGCAAGAACAGGGGAAACGAAUGCAGAAUUAUGUCGACAACAAAUUUCACCAGAGGUGGAACAAAGACAAAAAUAUUUGAAGAACUGGUAUGCUCCCCCUCUUUGAUCAUGGAUGGGCUUCAAUCAGCAUCAGUUUUUUUCGCAGGAGUCAACAUUUUCCUGGCCAUCACAGCAUUUCUUGGUAAUUCUCUUAUCCUUGUUGCCCUUCACAAGGAAUCUUCCCUUCAUCCGCCGUCCAAACUCUUGUAUCGCUGUCUGGCAACAACUGACCUGUUGGUUGGUCUUGUUGCUCAGCCUCUCCAUGUAACUUAUUUGAUGUCCGCAGUUCACGAACACUGGAGCCUUUGUCAUUACGCAAGAGAAGCAACUUACAUUACAGGCGUAGCAUUAUGUGGAGUUUCUUUGCUGACGAUGGCGGUAAUAAGCGUGGACAGGCUUCUUGCCCUGUUGUUGGGGCUGAGAUACAAAGAGAUUGUGACUUUGAAGCGCAUUUAUAUCAUUAUAGCUAGCUUUUGGGUUUUUUGUCUCGUCGCCUCUUUAUGCAUCAUUUUCGAUCAGCGUAUAACACUUUUGAGUAUCUUGAUAUCGAUACCACUUUCGCUGCUUAUUUCACUCGCCUCGUACACAAAGAUUUUUCGCACUCUUAGACAUCAUCAGGCACAAGUUCAACAACAGCCGAGCCAACCAAAUGCACUGAACAUGGCGCGAUACAGAAAAGCAGUGCACAGUGCACUGUGGGUACAGUCAGUAUUAGUUAUUUGUUAUACACCAUACUUUAUUGUGAGAACUGUAGUCACUUAUAGUACAACAUAUUCAUCACACUCAGUCGUCGCAUUGAAAAUGGCAAUUAUCCUUGUUUACUUUAACUCGACGUUAAACCCGUUUCUUUACUGCUGGAAGAUUAGUGAGGUGAGACGAGCAAUGAAGCAGACAAUCAGACAAGCACUUUGCUGUCCAUGGAGUUAGACCAUCCUCGAGUUAUAUAUGAUCGUAUAAGUACUUUCAGUGCAAAGCUGACCGAUAGAGAACGCUUUUCUCUUAAAUUUUUGCUCGAGGUCUGUCGAUAGUAUUUUUUGCU